CAUGAACAGGCUCUUGAGAAAUGCUGCAAACGCAAUGCUGAAGAGAUACGCAAAACUGAUCCUCACCACCUCGAAAACACUUAUCCUCAAUUUCCAUUCAUUCCCUAAAACCCUAACCACCGCGGCCUCACCCCGAGACGAGUACUUCGCGGUGAUUCACCACGUCUCCAACAUCGUGCGCCGCGACUUUUACCUGGAACGCACCCUCAACAAGCUCCGUAUCCACGUCACCCCGGAGCUAGUCUUUCGUGUUCUCCGCGCGUGCUCCACCGCCCCCACGCCCUCCCUCCGCUUCUUCAACUGGGCUCUAUCCCACCCUUCCUACACCCCCACCUCUCUCGAGUUCGAACAAAUCGUCACCACCCUCGCCCACGCCAACAAUUACCAAACCAUGUGGUCCCUCAUCCGUCAAGUCUCCCUCCUCCACCGUCUUUCCCUCUCCCCUGCCGCCGUCGCCACCCUCAUCGACGCCUACGGUCACCACCGCCACAUCGACCAGGCCGUCGAGGUCUUCAACAAGGCCGCCGUCCUCAACUGUCCCCAAACCCUCCCGCUCUACAACGCCCUUCUCAAAUCCCUCUGCCACAACCGCCUCUUUCACGGCGCCUACGCCCUCCUCCGCCGCAUGCUCCGCAAGGGCGUCCACCCCGACAAGACAACCUACUCUGUCCUCGUCAACGCCUGGUGCUCCUCCGGCAAACUCCGCGAGGCCAAGCUCUUCCUCAGGGAAAUGAGUGACAAGGGCUUCAACCCUCCCCUUCGUGGCCGCGACCUUCUCGUCGAAGGCCUGCUCAAUGCCGGUUACGUUGAAUCCGCCAAGGGAAUGGUCAGGAAGAUGAUCAAGGAAGGGAUCGUUCCCGACGUUGGAACUUUCAAUGCCGUGGUGGAGACAGUGUGCAAGGAAGACGUUCAAUUUUGCGUUGAUCUUUAUCACGAGGUUUGUGCUUUAGGGAUGGUUCCUGAUGUCAACACUUACAAGAUUCUCAUUCCCGCUGUUUCAAAAAGUGGCUCCAUUGAUGAGGCAUUUAGGUUGCUCAACAAUUUCGUUGAGGAUGGUAACCGUCCAUUUCCUAGCUUGUAUGCGCCUGUUAUUAAGGCUCUGUGUAGGAGAGGGCAGUUUGAUGAUGCUUUUUGUUUCUUUGGGGAUAUGAAGGCCAAGGCACAUCCCCCUAACCGCCCUCUCUAUACCAUGUUGAUUACCAUGUGCGGCCGUGCUGGGAAGUUUGUGGAGGCCGCUAACUACCUCUUUGAAAUGACUGAGAUGGGGUUGGUCCCCAUCUCGCGCUGUUUUGACAUGGUCACUGAUGGGUUGAAGAAUUCUGGCAAACAUGAUUUGGCUAGUAGAGUGCAACAGCUUGAAGUUUCUAUCCGUGGUGUUUGAUGCAUCAUGUAUUUGCCUCUACCAUUAUUACCCAUGCCCUGCCUCUCUCAAGCUCAAAAGUUCUCUAUACAUUGGAAUAUAGAAUAACGUACAUUACAUAACACAUUGUGAACCUUUGAAAACCUGAGCAAACCACGUUUGUGACGUGUAAGACGAGACAGACAGACGGAGCAAAGAGAAUGUUUUCAUUAUAAAUAUAUUACUAUCAUUUAGCACAUGAGUGUCCUGGGAAUAUCUCAGAAUGUAGCAUAUAGAGAAAGCCAUUCUUUAUCUCGGAUGCAUAACCAUUUUUUUCUCUAGUUCCAAUACCAUCAGGUUUCUCCCCAUAAAAGAGGAAUAAGAAAUGGACCAAAAGCUCUGAAACCUAUCCCUGUGAUUGUCCUAUGCAAGCAAGACUUUGUCUGUUUCGCCUUAUUGUUUGCCAUUAUUUGGUGUGUUUGCUAUUCCCUG